ACGCUGCCCCGUCCCCGCCCUUUCCGCCGCCCACGUGGGCCCGCCCGAGAGCUGCCGCCGGGAACAUGCCCAAGAAAGGAGGGAAAGGUGCUGAUAGAGGAAAGGAAGAACAUGCACCAUGUAAACGAACAAAAAUGGAAGCAGGUUGUCCUCCCUCCCCUGUGAUAUAUGACAGCCCAGCCAGUGUCUUUGAAAGCUUAAUCUUUCCCAUCAAGGAAGAGGAAUUCUUUAGGGAGUAUUGGGAACAAAAGCCACUGCUUCUUCAGAGAGAAGACCCAUCUGUGGUCGCCUACUAUCAGUCUCUGUUUCAGCUGACAGAUCUGAAAGAGUUGUGCAGCCAGGGUUUAUACUAUGGCAGAGAUGUUAACAUCUGCCGGUGUGUGAAUGGGAAAAAGAAGGUUUUGAAUAAAGAUGGCAAAGUGAGCUACCUGCAGCUGAAGAAAGACUUUGAUCAGAAGAAGGCAACUAUCCAGUUUCACCAGCCUCAGAGAUUUAAGGACGAGUUAUGGAGGAUCCAAGAGAAGCUGGAAUGCUACUUUGGCUCUUUGGUUGGCUCCAACGUUUACAUUACCCCUCAGGAGGCUCAGGGCCUUCCUCCCCACUAUGAUGAUGUUGAGGUGUUUAUACUUCAGCUGGAAGGAGAAAAACACUGGCGGCUCUACAAACCUACUGUUCCCCUAGCUCGGGAGUAUAGUGUUGAAUCAGAGGAUAGGAUUGGGAAUCCAACGCAUGAAUUCACGUUAAAGCCAGGUGACUUGCUCUACUUUCCAAGAGGGACUAUCCACCAAGCCGAUACUCCUCCUGGUGUUUCUUAUUCAACUCAUGUGACCAUCAGCACCUACCAAAACAAUUCUUGGGGAGACUUCUUGUUAGAUGUGAUUCCUGGGCUCGUGUUUGAUACAGCAAAGGAAGAUACGGAGCUACGGACAAGCAUACCUCGGCAACUGCUUAUGCAGGUGGAUAUAGCUGACUCGACACGGAGAUUAAGCAGCUUCCUGAGGAGUCUUGCAGACCGGCUGGAAAACACCAAAGAAUUGAGAUCAUCUGACAUGAAGAAGGACUUUGUUCUGAACCGGUUACCACCUUUCUUGGGGAGCAGCACUGGUCCCCUGACUCCAGGUGGAAAACUACCCAAAUUAGAUAGCAGAAUCAGACUGCAGUUCAAAGAUCAUGCUAUAAUUACAGUGGAACCAGAUCAAGAGAAUUCUGAUGAGUGUCGCAAAGAGAUGAUUUAUGUCUAUCACUCCCUAAAGAACAGCAGAGAAAUGCACAUGAUGGGGAACGAGGAGGAAGAUGCUAGUGAAGAUGGAGCAGAGACCCAUGGAUUACGUUUUCCUUUAUCUCACAUGGAUGCAUUGAAGCAAAUUUGGACAAGUGCUACUGUCUGUGUGAAGGAACUGCGUCUCAGUUCCGAUGCAGAGAAAGAAAACCUUGUUUUAUCCCUCUGGACUGAAUGUCUUGUUGAAGUAAUCUGAAUCUUUUGUGAAUCAGUCACUCUCCUGGAACAUCACAUCUCUUCCCUUGAGCACAUACUUACAAAGAAUUAUCUGAUUCCUUCUGCUUGUAUUGAUCUCUCAAAAAACUGGUAAAAAAAAAAAUGUGUUGUUCUAUCUAGGCUCUUCCCUCAGUAUUUUUAUGCUAUGGUGUGUGGAUUGUUUCCCCCCCCACUUUUUGUGAUGCCAGUCGCUCUCUUCCUAAAGCGACUCUCUCUCAAGAAAAGCUAAACUUGAAAGGGGUAUGACAGUUUGAAAUCAUAAAUAUGAGAAUAACAUAGUUGGACACAGGGUAGUAGCAGAAAGACGCAAAUUAUUGAAAGUAUGCGGAAUGCUGGCCGCCUGCUCUGUGAGACUGGUGAGCAAGAAAUUGUGUUCCCAAAGGAUAUACCCCACAAUUCAGAAGCUGAAGCAGUGAUCUUUUAUAGACGUGUCUGUUUCAUUUCAGCAGGUUUUGCUUAAUAAUCAAGUUGGAGUUACUCCAGGUUGGGAUUUAUGUUCAAAAUGCAAUGCCCAAUUCAUAGUAAACAUUUCAUGAUACAAGAAGAACAAGUCCAGUGCAAAGCCAAGUCACAAACACAACCCAUUGAGAGUCUGCUGCUGUUCUAAGGCUCGGACAGUGCUUUCCUGCUACCAAAAUGUGCGCGCGCGUGUGUGUGGGGUCAUUAUCUUAUAUCUCCUGUUGCCUACUGGCUCUGAUUUUUCCCCAGCUGUUUCACUCUGCUGUACUUAAAGUAUAGCUAUUGCA